AUGUGUGGUAUCUUCGCUUGCCAUUGCCAUCCCGAUGUCCAAAAGUUCAAGCCUACCGCCCUGAAAAUGGGCAAGGCUGUCCGACAUCGGGGCCCUGACUGGAGUGGCAACUUCAUUGCCAACAACACCAUCCUGGUCCACGAGCGUCUCUCCAUCGUUGGUGUCGACUCCGGCGCGCAGCCUCUCGUCAACGAUGAGGGCACCAUCUCCCUCGCCGUCAACGGCGAAAUCUACAACCACAGGGUGCUGAGGAAACAGCUGAAGACGCCCUACAACUUCAAGACCCACUCUGACUGCGAGGUCAUUAUUCCUUUGUACAUGGAGCACGACAUCGAUGCGCCGAGGUAUCUGGACGGCAUGUUCUCCUGGGUCCUUCACGACAAGGUCCAGGACCGUGUGAUCGCGGCGCGCGACCCAAUCGGUGUCACCACCUUCUACAUGGGCAGGUCGAGCUCGACUCCCGGUGCUGUCUACUUCGCCUCCGAGCUUAAGUGCUUGCACCCCGUUUGCGACAGCAUCGUCGCCUUCCCCCCUGGUCACGUUUUCGACUCCAAGACCGACAAGAUCACCCGCUACUUCGAUCCUCAGUGGAUCACCCAGCCCAGCAACAUCCCCAGCACACCCCUUGACCUCAAGGCGAUAAGGCAUGCGCUGGAGAAGUCGGUCAGGAAGAGGCUGAUGGCGGAGGUUCCUUUCGGUGUCCUUCUGUCUGGUGGUCUGGACUCUAGCUUGACGGCUUCUAUUGCCCAGAGGGAAAUCCAGAAGAUCAACGAGCAGGCUCGCCAGAACAAGAGCAAGGGCCACACGGAGGAGCUGGUUGGUAUCGAUGACGAGGACCACCUGUCCACCGUCCAGAUGCUCCCCGAGCUUCACUCUUUCUCGAUCGGCCUGCCCGGCGCCCCUGACUCCAAGGCUGCCCUGGAGGUCGCUGAGAUGCUUGGCACGAGGCACCACAGCUUCGAGUUCACGCUCGAGGACGGUCUUAACGCUCUUUCCGACGUUAUCUUCCACCUCGAAACCUACGAUGUUACCACCAUCCGAGCUUCCACUCCUAUGUUCUUGCUCAGCAGGAAGAUCAAGGCGAUGGGUGUCAAGAUGGUGUUGUCUGGAGAGGGCUCCGAUGAGAUCUUCGGUGGUUACCUCUACUUCCACAACGCGCCGGACAAGAAGGCGUUCCACGAGGAGACGGUCCGCCGUGUCCAGAACCUGCACCUGGCUGACUGCCUGCGCGCCAACAAGUCUACCUCGGCAUGGGGUGUCGAGGCGCGUGUGCCCUUCCUGGACAAGGAGUUCCUGGAGCUGUGCAUGAACAUCGACCCGCAGGAGAAGAUGAUCACCAAGGACCGCAUUGAGAAGUACAUUCUCCGCAAGGCGUUCGACACGUCGGAUGAGCCGGACGUCGAGCCGUACCUUCCGGAGAAGAUUCUGUGGAGGCAGAAGGAGCAGUUCAGCGACGGCGUCGGCUACGGCUGGAUCGACGCCCUCAAGGACAACGCCGAGCUGCACGUGUCGGACGAGGACAUGAAGAACCCUAAGCCUGAGUGGGGCGACGAUAUCCCGGACACCAAGGAGGCGUAUUGGUACCGCUGCAUGUUCGACGAGCACUUCCCGCCUUUCUGCGCUAGCACUGUCAUGCGCUGGACGCCUACUUGGUCGAAGCAGACCGACCCCAGUGGACGUGCCAUCUCGGUCCACGACCAGGCGUACAAGGAGAAGGCGGCGGCAGGCAACUAA